GCAGAUGGGUUCUGGCUUGCAUACCGCCUCUCCGCAGUCACAGCUUCCUGACCCAGUGGACAGAGACGGAGCCACAGGCCCGGCCCAGGCCGAGCAUGCCGUCUUCCGUGGGCUGCAGAGAAGGUCCGAUCCGUACUGGGUGCAAUGAAAGCUCCACGCAGGCCUUACCAUGGAAGGCUGUGACUCGCCCGUCGUCUCGGGGAAGGACAAUGGGUGCGGGAUCCCUCAGCACCAGCAAUGGACUGAACUCAACAGCACCCACCUCCCCGACCAACCCAGUAGCAUGGAGCAGUCCACAAGCGAGAACCACGGGCCCCUGGACAGCCUGAGGGCCCCCUUCAAUGAGCGCCUGGCGGAGAGCACCCCGGCCGGGCCCCCCGCCGAGCCCGCGGGCAAGGAGGUCAGCUGCAACGCGUGCGCGGCCUCCUUCGCCAGCCUGCAGACCUACAUGGAGCACCACUGCCCCAGCGCGCGGCCCCCGAGGCCCCUGAGGGAGGAGAGCGGGAGCGAUAGCAGCGAGGAGGGGGACGAGGAGAGCGACGUGGAGAACCUGGCUGGGGAGAUCGUCUACCAGCCCGAUGGCUCGGCCUACAUCGUGGAGAGCCUGAGCCAGCUGACCCAGAGCGGGGGCGCCUGCGGCAGCGGCAGCGGGCCUCUCCCCUCGCUCUUUCUGAACUCCCUCCCCGGGGCGGGGGGCAAGCAGGGGGACCCUUCCUGUGCGGCACCCGUCUACCCGCAGAUCAUCAACACUUUCCACAUAGCCUCAUCCUUCGGGAAGUGGUUCGAGGGCCCAGACCCGGCUUUCCCGAAUACCUCAGCCCUGGCGGGGCUCAGCCCCGUCCUGCACAGCUUCCGCGUGUUUGACGUGCGACACAAAAGCAACAAGGAUUACCUGAACAGCGACGGCUCUGCCAAAAGCUCCUGCGUAUCCAAAGAUGUUCCCAACAAUGUGGACCUGUCCAAGUUCGAUGGCUUCGUGCUCUACGGCAAGCGGAAGCCCAUCCUGAUGUGUUUCCUGUGCAAGCUCUCCUUCGGCUACGUCCGCUCCUUCGUGACCCACGCGGUGCACGACCAUCGAAUGACCCUGAGUGAAGACGAGCGGAAGAUUCUUAGCAAUAAGAACAUCUCCGCUAUCAUCCAAGGGAUCGGCAAAGACAAGGAACCCCUUGUAAGUUUCCUGGAACCAAAAAACAAAAACUUUCAGCACCCUUUAGUUUCCACAGCUAACCUCAUAGGUCCCGGACACAGUUUUUAUGGUAAAUUUAGUGGCAUUCGGAUGGAAGGGGAGGAGGCGCUCCCAGCCGGCUCUGCCGCCGGCCCCGAGCAGCCCCCGGCUGGCAUCUUGACCCCCAGCACCCUCUUGAACCUUGGCGGGCUCACCAGCUCGGUCCUGAAGACCCCCAUUACCUCAGUCCCCCUGGGGCCUCUGGCCUCCAGUCCGACCAAAUCCCCGGAGGGCAAGGACCCCGGGGCGGCAGAAGGAGAGAAGCAGGAAGGGGGCGACCCGGACUGCUUCUCCGAGAAGGCAGGGCCAGCCGAGGAGGAGGUGGAGGAGGAAGAGGAGGAGGAAGAGGCGGAAGAGGAGGAGGACGAGGAAGAGGAGGAAGAGGAGGAGGAGGAAGACGAGGGUUGCAAAGAACUCUUUCCCAGCGAGUUGGACGAGGAACUGGAGGACAGGCCCCAUGACGAGUCCGGGGCCGCGGCAGGUAGCAGCAAAAAGGACCUGGCUCUCUCAAACCAAAGCAUUUCUAACUCCCCCUUAAUGCCUAACGUGCUCCAGACACUGUCGAGGGGCGCAGCUUCUACUAGUUCUAAUUCCGCUUCUUCCUUUGUUGUCUUCGAUGGUGCGAACAGGAGGAAUCGUUUAAGCUUUAACAGUGAGGGCGUCAGGGCCAAUGUGGCAGAGGGCGGCAGGAGGCUGGACUUCGCCGACGAAAGUGCCAAUAAAGACAAUGCCACAGCACCAGAACCAAAUGAAAGCCCCGAGGGGGACGACGGGGGCUUCGUCCCCCAUCACCAGCACGCGGGCUCCCUCUGCGAGCUUGGGGUGGGGGAGUGCCCCUCGGGGAGCGGCGUGGAGUGCCCCAAGUGCGACACGGUCCUGGGCUCCUCCCGCUCGCUGGGCGGCCACAUGACCAUGAUGCAUUCUCGUAACUCGUGCAAGACCCUCAAGUGCCCCAAGUGCAACUGGCACUACAAGUACCAGCAGACGCUGGAGGCACACAUGAAGGAGAAGCACCCGGAGCCGGGGGGCUCCUGCGUCUACUGCAAAAGCGGGCAGCCCCACCCCCGGUUGGCCCGAGGCGAGAGCUACACGUGUGGUUACAAGCCUUUCCGCUGCGAGGUGUGUAACUACUCCACCACGACCAAAGGCAACCUCAGCAUUCACAUGCAGUCCGACAAGCAUCUCAACAACAUGCAGAACCUGCAGAACGGGGGCGGCGAGCAGGUCUUCAGCCACUCGGCCGGGGCCGCGGCGGCGGCGGCGGCAGCAGCGGCCGCGGCGGCCAACAUCGGCAGCUCCUGCGGGGCCCCCUCGCCCACCAAACCAAAAACCAAACCCACCUGGCGGUGCGAGGUGUGCGACUACGAGACCAACGUGGCCAGGAACCUGCGCAUCCACAUGACCAGCGAGAAGCACAUGCACAACAUGAUGCUGCUGCAGCAGAACAUGACGCAGGUCCAGCACAGCCGCCACCUGGGCCUGGGCAGCCUGCCCUCGCCCGCCGAGGCCGAGCUGUACCAGUACUACCUGGCCCAGAACAUGAGCCUGCCCAACCUGAAGAUGGACAGCGCUGCCUCGGACGCCCCCUUCAUGAUGAGCGGGUUCCCGCUGGACCCCUCCGCGCCCAUGGCCGCCGUGACGCCGGCUCUAGUGGGCGGUGAGAUCCCCCUCGACAUGCGGCUCGGGGGCGGGCAGCUGGUGUCGGAGGAGCUGAUGAACCUGGGCGAGAGCUUCAUCCAGACCAACGACCCGUCGCUGAAGCUCUUCCAGUGCGCCGUGUGCAACAAGUUCACCACGGACAACCUGGACCUGCUGGGGCUGCACAUGAACGUGGAGCGCAGCCUCCCCGAGGACGAGUGGAAGGCCGUGAUGGGGGACUCGUACCAGUGCAAGCUCUGCCGCUACAACACGCAGCUCAAGGCCAACUUCCAGCUGCACUGCAAGACGGACAAGCACGUGCAGAAGUACCAGCUGGUGGCCCACAUCAAGGAGGGCGGCAAAGCCAACGAGUGGCGGCUCAAGUGCGUGGCCAUCGGCAACCCCGUCCACCUCAAGUGCAAUGCCUGCGACUACUACACCAACAGCCUGGAGAAGCUGCGGCUGCACACGGUCAACUCCAGGCACGAGGCCAGCCUGAAGCUGUACAAGCACCUGCAGCAGCACGAGAGCGGCGUGGAGGGCGAGAGCUGCUACUACCACUGCGUCCUGUGCAGCUACUCCACCAAGGCCAAGCUGAACCUCAUCCAGCACGUGCGCUCCAUGAAGCACCAGCGCAGCGAGAGCCUGCGCAAGCUGCAGCGGCUGCAGAAGGGCCUUCCCGAGGAGGACGAGGACCUGGGGCAGAUCUUCACCAUCCGCAGGUGCCCCUCCACCGACCCAGAAGAAGCCAUUGAAGAUGUUGAAGGGCCCAGCGAAGCAGCUGCUGACCCAGAGGAGGUUGCCAAAGACCCGGAGAGUGGAGGCGAGAAGGACCAGAGCAAGUGGACAGCAUCGUCCAGCCAAGCAGAAAAGGAGCUGACAGACUCUCCUGUAACCUCCAAGCGCAUCUCCUUCCCAGGUAGCUCGGAGUCUCCUCUCUCUUCGAAGCGACCAAAAACAUCAGAGGAGACCAAAGCGGAGCAGAUGUACCAGUGUCCCUACUGCAAGUACAGCAACGCAGAUGUCAACCGGCUCCGGGUACAUGCCAUGACGCAGCACUCAGUGCAGCCCAUGCUUCGCUGCCCCCUGUGCCAGGACAUGCUCAACAAUAAGAUCCACCUCCAGCUGCACCUCACCCACCUCCACAGCGUGGCACCCGACUGCGUGGAGAAGCUCAUUAUGACGGUGACCACCCCUGAGAUGGUGAUGCCCAGCAGCAUGUUUCUCCCAGCGGCUGUUCCAGAUCGAGACGGGAACCCCAAUGUUGAGGAGGCAGGCAAGCAGCCUGAAACCUCAGAGGAUCCUGGAAAGAACAUCUUGCCCUCCGUGAGCACAGAGCACAGUGGGGAUCUGAAACCCUCUUCUGCUGACCCAGGCUCUAUGAGAGAAGACUCGGGCUUCCUGUGCUGGAAGAAAGGGUGCAACCAGGUUUUCAAAACUUCUGCGGCUCUUCAGACUCACUUCAAUGAGGUUCACACCAAGAGGCCCCAGCUGCCUGUGUCAGAUCGCCACGUGUACAAGUACCGCUGUAAUCAGUGCAGCCUGGCUUUCAAGACCAUUGAAAAGCUGCAGCUGCAUUCUCAGUACCACGUGAUCAGAGCCGCCACCAUGUGCUGUCUUUGUCAGCGCAGUUUCCGAACUUUCCAGGCUCUGAAAAAACAUCUUGAGACGAGCCACCUGGAGUUGAGUGAGGCCGACAUCCAGCAGCUUUAUGGCGGCCUUCUGGCCAAUGGGGACCUCCUGGCAAUGGGAGACCCCACCCUGGCCGAGGACCACACCAUAAUUGUUGAGGAAGAUAAGGAGGAAGAGAGUGACUUGGAAGAGAAGCAGAGCCCCACAGGCAGUGACUCUGGGUCAGUACAAGAAGACUCAGGCUCAGAACCGAAGAGAGCUCUGCCUUUCAGAAAAGGCCCCAACUUCACCAUGGAGAAAUUUCUAGACCCUUCUCGCCCUUACAAGUGUACCGUCUGCAAGGAAUCUUUCACGCAAAAGAAUAUCCUGCUGGUGCACUAUAAUUCUGUCUCCCACCUGCAUAAAUUAAAGAGAGCCCUUCAAGAAUCGGCAACUGGUCAGCCAGAACCCACCAGCAGCCCAGACAACAAGCCUUUUAAGUGUAACACUUGUAACGUGGCCUACAGCCAGAGUUCCACUUUGGAGAUCCACAUGAGGUCUGUGUUACAUCAAACCAAGGCCCGGGCAGCCAAGCUGGAGGCCGCAGGUGGCAGUAGCAAUGGGAACAGCAGCAGUGUCUCCCUGAGCUCCUCUACCCCAAGUCCUGUGAGCACCACUGGCAGUAACACCUUUACCACCACCAACCCAAGCAGUGCUGGCAUUGCUCCAAGCUCCAGCUUACUGAGCCAAGUGCCCACUGAAAGUGUAGGAAUGCCGCCCCUGGGGAAUCCCAUCAGUGCCAACAUCACUUCCCCUUCAGAGCCCAAGGAGGCCAAUCGGAAGAAACUGGCAGAUAUGAUUGCAUCGAGGCAGCAGCAACAACAGCAGCAGCAGCAGCAACAAGCACAGACACUGGCCCAGGCCCAAGCUCAAGUUCAAGCUCACUUGCAACAGGAGCUGCAGCAGCAGGCUGCCCUGAUCCAGUCUCAGCUGUUUAACCCCACCCUCCUUCCUCACUUUCCCAUGACCACUGAGACCCUGCUACAGCUGCAGCAACAGCAGCACCUCCUCUUCCCCUUCUACAUCCCCAGCGCUGAGUUCCAGCUCAACCCUGAGGUGAGCUUGCCAGUGACCAGUGGGGCGCUGACGCUGACUGGGACAGGCCCAGGCCUGCUGGAAGAUCUGAAGGCUCAGGUUCAGAUCCCACAGCAGAGCCACCAGCAGAUCCUGCAGCAAAGCCAGCUUUCUCUAUCCCAGGGUCACUCUACCCUCCUACAGCCAAGCCAGCACCCUGAAAAGAAAAACAAAUUGGUCAUCAAAGAAAAGGAAAAAGAAAGCCAGAGAGAGAGGGAUGGUGCUGAAGGGGGAGAAGGCAACGCAGGACCGAAGGAGUCUCUGCCAGAUGCCUUGAAGGCCAAAGAGAAGAAAGAGCUGGCACCAGGGGGUAGUUCUGAGCCUUCCAUGCUUCCUCCACGCAUCGCCUCAGAUGCCAGAGGGAACGCUACCAAGGCCUUGCUGGAGAACUUUGGCUUUGAGCUGGUCAUUCAGUACAACGAGAAUAAGCAGAAGGUGCAGAAAAAGAAUGGGAAGACGGAGCACGGAGAGAAUCUGGAAAAGCUCGAGUGUGACUCCUGUGGCAAGUUAUUCUCCAACAUCCUGAUUUUAAAGAGUCAUCAAGAGCAUGUUCAUCAAAAUUACUUUCCCUUUAAACAGCUGGAGAGGUUUGCCAAACAGUACAGAGAACACUACGAUAAACUGUACCCCCUGAGGCCCCAAACCCCAGAGCCGCCACCACCUCCUCCUCCGCCCCCUCCACCUCCACUUCCUGCAGCACCACCUCAGCCUGCUUCCACACCAGCCAUCCCUGUGUCCGCACCACCCAUCACUUCACCUACAAUUGCACCGGCCCAGCCAUCCGUUCCGCUCACCCAGCUCUCCAUGCCCAUGGAGCUGCCCAUCUUCUCACCACUGAUGAUGCAGACGAUGCCACUUCAGACCUUGCCAGCCCAGCUGCCUCCUCAGCUCGGACCUGUGGAGCCUCUGCCUGCAGACCUGGCCCAGCUGUACCAGCAUCAGCUCAAUCCAAGUCUGCUCCAGCAGCAGAACAAGAGGCCUCGCACCAGGAUCACGGAUGACCAGCUCCGAGUCCUGCGGCAAUAUUUUGACAUUAACAACUCCCCCAGUGAAGAGCAGAUCAAAGAGAUGGCUGACAAGUCUGGGUUGCCCCAGAAAGUGAUCAAGCACUGGUUCAGAAACACUCUCUUCAAAGAGCGGCAGCGUAAUAAGGACUCCCCUUACAACUUCAGCAACCCUCCUAUCACCAGCCUGGAGGAGCUGAAGAUUGACUCCCGGCCCCCUUCGCCGGAACCUCAGAAGCAAGAGUACUGGGGAAGCAAGAGGUCUUCAAGAACACGGUUUACUGACUACCAGCUGAGGGUUCUACAGGACUUCUUUGAUGCCAAUGCUUACCCAAAGGACGAUGAAUUUGAGCAACUCUCUAAUUUACUGAACCUGCCAACCCGAGUCAUAGUGGUGUGGUUUCAAAAUGCCCGACAGAAGGCCAGGAAAAACUAUGAGAAUCAGGGAGAAGGCAAAGAUGGAGAGCGGCGUGAGCUUACGAAUGAUAGGUAUAUUCGAACAAGCAACCUGAACUACCAGUGCAAAAAGUGCAGCCUGGUGUUUCAGCGCAUCUUUGAUCUCAUCAAGCACCAGAAGAAGCUGUGUUACAAAGAUGAGGAUGAGGAGGGGCAGGAUGACAGCCAAAAUGAGGAUUCCAUGGAUGCCAUGGAAAUCCUGACACCCACCAGCUCCUCCUGCAGUACCCCAAUGCCCUCACAGGCUUACAGCACCCCAGCACCAUCAGCCAAUACAGCUUCCUCCGCUUUCUUGCAGCUUACAGCAGAAGCUGACGAACUGGCCACCUUCAGUUCAAAAACAGAGGCAAGUGAUGAGAAACCAAAGCAGGCUGAACCUCCCAGUGCACAGCCAAACCAAACCCAAGAAAAGCAAGUACAACCAAAGGCAGAGCUGCAGCAGCAAGACCAGCCUGAGCAGAAGACAAACGCAGCCCAGCCAAAGCUUCCACAGCUAACUUCCCCCACUUCAUUACCACAGCCUCCUCCACAAGCACCGCCUCCUCAGUGCCCCUUACCCCAGUCGAGCCCCAGUCCUUCUCAGCUGUCCCACCUGCCCCUCAAGCCCCUCCACACAUCAACUCCUCAACAGUUGGCAAACCUACCUCCUCAGCUAAUUCCCUACCAGUGUGACCAGUGUAAGCUGGCGUUCCCAUCGUUUGAACAUUGGCAGGAGCAUCAGCAGCUUCACUUCCUGAGUGCGCAGAAUCAGUUCAUCCACCCUCAGUUUUUAGACAGGUCACUGGAUAUGCCUUUCAUGCUAUUUGACCCUAGUAACCCUCUCCUGGCAAGCCAGCUGCUCUCUGGGGCCAUACCUCAGAUUCCAGCAAGCUCGGCCACUUCUCCUUCAACUCCAACCUCCACUAUGAACACUCUGAAGAGGAAGCUGGAGGAAAAGGCCAGCGCAAGCCCUGGCGAAAAUGACAGUGGGACAGGAGAAGAACCUCAGAGAGACAAACGCUUGAGGACAACUAUUACACCAGAACAGCUAGAAAUUCUCUACCAAAAGUACCUGCUGGACUCCAAUCCAACUCGAAAGAUGUUGGAUCACAUUGCGCAUGAGGUAGGCUUGAAGAAACGUGUGGUACAAGUCUGGUUUCAGAACACACGCGCCAGGGAAAGGAAAGGACAAUUCCGGGCUGUGGGCCCAGCCCAGGCCCACAGGAGAUGCCCUUUUUGCAGAGCCCUCUUCAAAGCCAAGACUGCUCUCGAGGCUCAUAUCCGGUCCCGUCAUUGGCAUGAAGCCAAGAGAGCUGGCUACAACCUAACUCUGUCUGCAAUGCUCUUAGACUGCGAUGGGGGACUCCAAAUGAAAGGAGAUAUUUUUGAUGGAACUAGCUUUUCCCACCUACCCCCAAGCAGUAGUGAUGGCCAAGGUGUUCCCCUCUCACCUGUGAGUAAAACCAUGGAGUUAUCUCCAAGAACUCUUCUUAGCCCUUCUUCCAUCAAGGUGGAAGGGAUUGAAGACUUUGAAAGCCCCUCCAUGUCUGCAGUUAAUCUAAACUUUGACCAGACUAAGCUGGACAAUGAUGACUGUUCCUCUGUCAACACAGCAAUCACAGAUACCACUACUGGAGAUGAGGGCAACGCAGAUAACGACAGUGCGACGGGAAUAGCAACCGAAACCAAAUCCUCCUCUGCACCCAAUGACGGGCUGACCAAAGCGGCCAUGAUGGCAAUGUCCGAGUAUGAGGACAGGUUGUCGUCAGGCCUGGUCAGCCCAGCCCCGAGCUUUUACAGCAAAGAAUAUGACAAUGAAGGUACAGUGGACUACAGUGAAACCUCAAGUCUUGCAGACCCCUGCUCCCCAAGUCCUGGUGCAAGUGGGUCAGCAGGCAAAUCUGGAGACAAUGGGGAUCGGCCUGGGCAGAAACGUUUUCGCACUCAAAUGACUAAUUUGCAGCUGAAGGUCCUCAAGUCAUGCUUUAAUGACUACAGGACACCCACCAUGCUCGAGUGUGAGGUCCUAGGCAAUGACAUUGGACUGCCAAAGAGAGUUGUUCAGGUCUGGUUCCAGAAUGCCCGGGCAAAAGAAAAGAAGUCUAAGUUAAGCAUGGCCAAGCAUUUUGGUAUAAACCAAACAAGUUACGAGGGACCCAAAACAGAGUGCACUUUGUGUGGCAUCAAGUACAGCGCUCGGCUGUCUGUACGUGACCAUAUCUUUUCCCAACAGCAUAUCUCCAAAGUUAAAGACACCAUUGGAAGCCAGUUGGACAAGGAGAAAGAAUACUUUGACCCAGCCACUGUACGUCAGUUGAUGGCUCAACAAGAGUUGGACCGGAUUAAAAAAGCCAAUGAGGUCCUCGGACUGGCAGCUCAGCAGCAAGGGAUGUUUGAUAAUGCCCCUCUACAGGCUCUUAACCUUCCUACAGCAUAUCCGGCACUCCAGGGCAUUCCUCCUGUGUUGCUCCCUGGCCUCAACAGCCCCUCCUUGCCGGGCUUUACUCCAUCUAACACAGCUUUAACGUCUCCAAAACCGAACUUGAUGGGUCUGCCCAGCACAACAGUUCCUUCCCCUGGUCUCCCCACAUCUGGAUUACCAAAUAAACCGUCCUCAGCGACACUGAACUCCCCAACCCCAGCACAAGCCACCAUGGCGAUGGCCCCUCAGCAACACCCCCAACCCCAGCAGCAGCAGCCACAGGUGCAGCCACCGCCAGCAACCCAGCCUCCACCUGUGCCACAGCUCCCGCCACAACAGCAGCAACAGCAACGCAAGGACAAAGACAGUGAGAAGGUAAAGGAGAAGGAAAAGGCACACAAAGGGAAAGGGGAGCCCCUGCCUGUCCCCAAGAAGGAGAAAGGAGAAGCCCCCACGGCAGCCGCAGCCACCAUCUCAGCCCCACUGCCCACCAUGGAGUAUGCAGUGGACCCUGCACAGUUGCAGGCCCUGCAGGCAGCCUUGACUUCAGACCCCACAGCGUUGCUCACGAGCCAGUUCCUUCCUUACUUUGUACCAGGCUUCUCUCCUUAUUAUGCCCCCCAGAUCCCUGGCGCCCUGCAGAGCGGGUACCUGCAGCCAAUGUAUGGCAUGGAAGGCCUGUUCCCCUACAGCCCUGCGCUGUCACAGGCCCUGAUGGGGCUGUCCCCGGGCUCCCUACUGCAGCAGUACCAGCAAUACCAGCAGAGUCUGCAGGAGGCGAUCCAGCAGCAGCAGCGGCAAAUGCAGCAGCAGCAGCAGCAAAAAGUGCAGCAGCAGCCCAAAGCAAGCCAAACCCCAGUCCCCCCUGGGGCUGCUUCCCCAGACAAAGACCCUGCCAAAGAAUCCCCCAAACCAGAAGAGCAGAAAAACGCACCCCGUGAGGUGUCCCCCCUCCUGCUGAAACCCCCCGAAGAGCCAGAAGCAGAAAGCAAAAGUGCGGACUCCCUCUAUGACCCCUUCAUUGUUCCAAAGGUGCAGUACAAGUUGGUCUGCCGCAAGUGCCAGGCGGGCUUCGGUGACGAGGAGGCGGCGAGGAGCCACCUGAAGUCCCUCUGCUUCUUCGGCCAGUCUGUGGUGAACCUGCAAGAGAUGGUGCUUCACGUCCCCACGGGCGGCGGUGGUGGCGGCGGUGGCAGCGGCGGUGGCAGCAGUGGCGGCGGCUCGUACCACUGCCUGGCGUGCGAGAGCACGCUCUGUGGGGAGGAAGCUCUGAGUCAACAUCUCGAGUCGGCCUUGCACAAACACAGAACAAUCACGAGAGCAGCAAGAAACGCCAAAGAGCACCCUAGUUUAUUACCUCACUCUGCCUGCUUCCCCGAUCCUAGCACCGCAUCUACCUCGCAGUCUGCCGCUCACUCAAACGACAGCCCCCCUCCCCAGUCGGCCGCCGCCCCCUCCUCGUCCUCCGCUUCCCCCCACGCCUCCAGGAAGUCUUGGCCGCAAGUGGUCUCCCGGGCUUCGGCCCCGAAGCCUCCUUCUUUUCCUCCUCUCUCCUCAUCUUCAACGGUUACCUCAAGUUCAUGCAGCACCUCAGGGGUUCAGCCCUCGAUGCCAACAGACGACUAUUCGGAGGAGUCUGACACGGAUCUCAGCCAAAAGUCCGACGGACCGGCGAGCCCGGUGGAGGGUCCCAAAGACCCCAGCUGCCCCAAGGACAGUGGUCUGACCAGUGUAGGAACGGACACCUUCAGAUUGUAAGCUUUGAAGAUGAACAAUACAAACAAAAGAAUUUAAAUAAAAAAUUAAUAACAAACCAAUUUCAAAAAUAGACUAACUGCAAUUCCAAAGCUUCUAACCAAAAAAAGAAAAAAGAAAAAAAAAGGAAAAAAAAGAAAAAGCGUGGGUUGUUUUCCCAUAUACCUAUCUAUGCCGGUGAUUUUACAUUCUUGUGUUUUCUUUUUUCUAAUAUAUAUAUGAAACACACCCCUGAACCCUGUUACAUUGUGUCCUUUUGAAGGUACUAUUGGUCUGGGAAACAGAAGUCCACAGGGCCUCCCUAACGUCUUUGGAGCUUAAACCCCUUGUAUAUUUGCCCCUUUUCAAUACACGCCCCCACGUUGAUAGCACAGAGGAGCCCGGCAUGCACUGUAUGGGAAAGCAGUCCACCUUGUUCCAGUUUUAAAUUUCUUGCUAUCUUAGCAUUCAGAUACCAAUGGCUUGCUAAAAGAAAAAGAGAAAUGUAAUGUCUUUUUAUUCUCAGGUCAAUCGCUCACACUUCGUUCUGUUUUCAGAAUCAUUGUUUUAUAUAUAUAUAUUAUUUUUUUCAGUUUUCUUUUUUCGUUUUUGUUCCAGAAAAAUUUUUUGUUUCUUAAUUUAAAAAUGGGCAGAAAGUAUUUGAGAAAAAAACAAUGUGAACUGCUUUAGCUUUCUGGGGAUUUUAAGGAUAGCUUUUAUGCUGAAGCCAAUUUUAAGGUGAAAAGUUAAGCACUCCCACUUUCAGAAAAAAAAAAAAUAAACCCACACACAAAGAGUGUUGAGGACUCGUAGCUUAAAAAAAUAAGUUUUAAAAACUGACUUUCUGUAUUUAUGAUAGAUAUGACCAUUUUGGUGUUGAGUAGAUUGUUGCAUUGGAAAUGAACUGAAGCAGUAUGGUAGAUUUAAAAGGAAAAUAAAAAGAAAAACCUUUUGUGUA